AGAUAACGUUUUAACAUGUCACAGUUUUGGAGACACAAUUUUAUAUUACGAAAAUCCGAAUGAGAUAAUAUUGCAUCGAGGAACUUCAAUUUUCUAUGAAAUUGGUAAAUUGUCCUUUGUAUUAUAUAGAACGUAAAAUAAUUUUAUGACAAACUAAAUAAAAAUGAAGAUUAUGUCAUGUUAUUUUCGACGUUUAAUAAUAACAGCAUUAUUUGUUUUAUUGCUGUUUUGUGUUAUUCAAGUUUUUCGUUCAGAAUUAGGAUUUAAUGAUAAUGAAUUAUCAAAUUUAGAUAAAUUAAUACACAUAUCUCAGUUAAUUAAGGAAUCUGAACAACCUUAUAUUGGGGAAGGAAUUGUGGCUUGUAAACUACCUCAAUUAGAUGUUUCUAAUCCAGAAAUUACCAAAUUCAUUCAUGAUGUUUCUCCCUUGCAAUGUACACCAGAAGAUUGGGUUAUUCUUCGUGGCUCAAGAUUGGUUAUUAGUAAUAAAGCAAAAAAAAAAUAUGGAUCUAUAACUUGUUUUUUCAGUGAAAUUCUCAGAGAUGAUGAUUAUAAUGUAUCAUUUAUGACUCCUAUUGAAUCUGAUGAUUCUUAUGUUCUAAAAUACAGUGAUUUUGUUGAUGUUAAAUGUGAAUCAAAAAAUAGAAACGAAUGGCAUAGUAUCAUGGUUGGAGUAAAGGAUGAUCCUAAAGUAAAAGAAAAAAGUAAAUGGGAAAAUGUUGGGAACAAGGCUCUUAAAUUAAAUGUACUUAUGUUUGGUUUUGAUUCUUUAUCCAGAAAUACAUUUAUACGUAAAUUACCAAAAACAUAUCAAUAUUUGAAAGAAUAUUUAGAUGCUUUAAUAUUAGAAGGAUAUAAUAUAGUAGGUGAUGGAACACCACAAGCUCUUAUUCCUAUUCUUACUGGAAAGAUUGAACUUGAACUUCCAGAUACUAGGAAACGCAUGGGAUUAAAAGCAAAGUAUGUCAAUGUAUAUCCAAUGAUAUGGAAUCAAUAUAAAGAAAAUGGUUAUAUAACAGGAUUUAUGGAAGAUGUUCAUCAUAUUGGAACUUUUACAUAUCGUCUAAAGGGUUUUAAUAAACAACCAACUGAUCAUUACAUGAGAACUUUCUAUUUGGCUGCCACACCAUAUUUUAGAUAUUAUAAUAAAUUUUGUAUUGGAGGUAUUCCAAGACACAUGGUAAUGUUGAAUUAUAUUAAAGAAAUUUUUAAUGUUUAUAAACAUCAACCAAAAUUUCUUUUUGGAUUUCAUGGAGAACUUUCACAUGAUUCUUAUAAUGAUAUAGGAAUGGUAGAUGAAGAUUUUUAUAAUUGGAUAAAAGAUUUACAUGAAUUUGGUCAUUUGAAUAAUACAGUAUUGAUAAUAAUGAGUGAUCAUGGACAUAGAUUUGCAGAAAUUCGUAAUACUCUACAAGGUAAACAAGAGGAAAGACUACCAUACUUUUCAUUUGUAUUUCCACUGUGGUUUAAAAAAGUUUAUCCAGAAGCUUAUGCAAAUUUUUUACAUAAUACACGUUAUUUAACAACUCCAUUUGAUAUCCACAAAACAUUGGAAAGUAUAUUAAAUUUUGAAACACCAAAAAUUGGAGAUCGUCAUCAAAGAGCUAUUAGCUUAUUUGAUAAGAUACCAUUAGAUAGAACUUGUGCAGAUGCAUUUAUAGAACCCCAUUGGUGUGCAUGUCUUAGUUGGCAAGAAAUUUCAACUGACAAUGAUAAUGUUAUUGCUGCAGCCAAAUAUUUUAUACAAUUCCUUAAUAGUUAUACAGAAGAUCAUCGUGAUAUAUGUGAAAAAUUGAAAAUAAAAGAAAUAUUGUGGGCUGCUAAACUUAUACCUAAUAAAGGUUUAUUGAAAUUUCAAAAAUCGGGAGAUCAAGAUGGUUUUAUAGGAGAUUUUAGCGCAAAAACAAAAUUAACUACUGAAACCUAUCAAUUAAAAGUAAAAACAGAACCAGGAGCUGCUUUAUUUGAAGUCAGUAUUACUUAUGAUAUAAAAAAAAAUAGUUUUGUGACCAAAAUUUCAGAUGUUAGUAGAAUUAAUAUGUAUGGGUCUCAGGCAAGAUGUGUAGAAAAUUCUUUAUUUCAUUUAAGAAAAUAUUGUUAUUGCAAAAAUUAAAUAGUAUUUAGAAAGUAAUAUAUAUAUUUAAUUAAAUUAUUUGCAAAAAAAUUUUCAUGAAAAAAUUUAUAAGCCAUGAAAGAAAUGCUGUGAUUAGAAUUAUAUUUUGAUUUUUACAUUUAUCUCAUGUUUUUCGUCUUAACAAACAUUAAUCUUAAGAUAAUAAUAAUAAUAUAAUACAAAUAAUAUAAUACAGAAAAAAAUAACAUUACAAAUAAAGAAUGUUAUUAUUUAUAGUGUAUUUAUAUAUAGUAUUAUAUUUACAUUUUACACAUAUAUGAAGUGAAUGAUGCAUCAGUAAAUAAUAUUUUAAAUUACAUAUUAAUAUUCUUAAUAACAAUUAAUCAAUUAAAUAGACAAAUUGUUAAAUUUUAAGUUAUAUUUUUAAUAUAUUUUAACAAAUGAAUAUUAAGUAUAUGAUAAAUGUAUAAUAUAAAUAAUGCACAAUACAUAAUGUAAUGAUUUGGUGUAUAGAAUGUUUUUUUUCAUAAAAUAUACUUAUGAUAUAAUUCUCUCUAAAUUUUUUUAUAAUUAUUGUGAAAGACAAUAUUCGCCAAACUGAUGCAAAAAUGUUGUAAUUUCAUGAGUUACACUGUCAAUUAAUAGAAAUCCUAUAUUUUGCAUAUGUGAUGGAUCAUAUGGAAAAUAUGCUUCUCCUUUAUUAUCUUUAGCUACUACCUGUAAAACUAUUGUACUAAUUGAUAAAUCAGUAUCUUCAUUUUUUUGUACUCUAAAUAAUAGAAAAAUAUAAUUAUUUAUUGUAUAAUUAUUAUUAUAUAAAGAAUACUUAUAAAACAAUUA